CCCACAAUACCCCGGUGCUGUUGGUUGUUUGGUUUAGUGUCAACUGGUGAUGCUGGCUCAAUUUUGUUUAUACCUUAAAAAAAUGUAAUUCCCUGAAAGAUAUGCAGUCGCUCAAAGUCCCCAGGACAAUAUUUAUCAGACGAAUAUGGACCCUUCAGACGAAUAUGGACCGAUAGCCCCACCGCUGUAGCCGAUUUCCGAACAUUCCUGACUGCAACAGCUGCAGGCUCAUCUUCCAUCAUUUCGGGAAAGACACGAAUUGCAAAUAUAACCGCAACAAAGCUACCGUUUCCCAGAGUGCGGCACAGGCACGAGCCGACGGCCGCCAUAGCCGGCGCCAUGAUGGAAGGAGGCAUGCAGCUUCUGAACCGCGACGGCCACAGCAUCUCGCACAACUCCAAGCGCCACUAUCACGACUCCUUCGUGUCCAUGAACAGGAUGCGACAGCGUGGGCUGCUGUGCGAUAUUGUGCUCCACGUCUCCAGCAAAGAGAUCAAGGCACAUAAAGUGGUGCUGGCUUCCUGCAGCCCUUACUUCCACGCCAUGUUUACCAAUGAGAUGUCAGAGAGUCGGCAGACCCAUGUGACACUGCAUGAUAUCGACCCCCAGGCGUUGGAACAGCUCAUUCAGUUCGCCUACACAGCGGAGAUUGUGGUUGGGGAGGGUAAUGUUCAGACGUUGCUUCCGGCUGCGAGCCUGCUGCAACUCAACGGGGUGCGAGACGCCUGCUGCAAGUUCCUCCUCAGCCAGCUGGACCCCUCUAACUGUCUGGGCAUCCGAGGCUUCGCCGACACGCACUCCUGCAGCGAUCUUCUCAAGUCGGCGCACAAGUAUGUCCUGCAGCACUUUGUUGAGGUGUCCAAGACAGAGGAGUUCAUGCUGCUUCCACUAAAACAGGUCCUGGAUCUGAUUUCCAGUGACAAUGUGAAUGUACCAUCUGAAGAGGAAGUCUACCGGGCUGUGCUGAGCUGGGUGAAACAUGACAUAGAUGGCCGCCGGCCACAUGUUCCAUGGGUAGGACUCAUUUCACCCGAUAUGGUUUCUGACUGUAAUCUUACAAAUCAACCUAUCAAAAUUCUGCGGUCCUGUCAGUUGAUGAAGUGCGUGCGGCUCCCACUGCUGAGGCGAGACUUCCUGAUGAGCAACGUGGACACGGAGCUGCUAGUGCGUCAUCACUCCGAGUGCAAGGAUCUUCUAAUCGAAGCUCUCAAGUAUCAUCUGAUGCCUGAGCAGAGAGGCGUGCUCAACAACAGCAGGACACGACCUCGCCGCUGUGAGGGCGCCAGUCCUGUGCUCUUUGCUGUUGGUGGGGGAAGUCUGUUCGCCAUUCACGGAGACUGCGAGGCAUACGAUACCAGGACAGACCGCUGGCACAUGGUGGCGUCAAUGUCCACUCGGCGGGCCCGGGUGGGUGUGGCAGCCAUUGGAAACAGACUGUAUGCUGUUGGCGGGUAUGAUGGGACCUCUGACCUGGCAACGGUGGAGUCAUAUGACCCCAUCACUAACUCCUGGCAGCCUGAAGUUUCCAUGGGAACGCGACGGAGCUGUUUGGGUGUGGCUGUCCUGCAUGGAUUGUUGUAUGCGGCUGGGGGUUACGAUGGAGCUUCAUGUCUUAAUAGUGCAGAGCGUUUUGAUCCUCUGACCAGCACGUGGACUUCGAUCGCUGCCAUGAGCACGCGCAGGCGAUACGUUCGAGUCGCAACUCUAGAUGGCAUCUUGUACGCAGUUGGUGGUUAUGACAGCUCCUCACAUCUUGCAACAGUGGAGAAGUACGAUCCGCAGAGCAACACGUGGACACCCAUUGCCAACAUGCUGAGUCGACGCAGCAGUGCCGGUGUGGCGGUCCUGGACGGCAUGCUGUAUGUGGCAGGCGGUAAUGAUGGCACCAGCUGCCUCAACUCUGUGGAAAGGUUCAACUCCAAGACCAACACCUGGGAGAGCGUGUCUGCCAUGAACAUCCGCAGGAGCACUCACGAUUUGGUGGCCAUGGAUGGCUGGCUGUAUGCUGUGGGAGGUAAUGACGGCAGCUCCAGUCUCAACUCCAUCGAGAAGUACAACCCGCGCAGCAACAAGUGGGUGGCGGCCUCCUGCAUGUUCACGCGCCGCAGCAGCGUGGGCGUGGCUGUGCUGGAGCUGCUCAACUUCCCGCCGCCGUCCUCGCCAACUCUCUCGGUGUCCUCCACUAGCCUUUGACACGGGGUCAUCGCUUGGUCGACCUCAGCCUCCAAUGCUGCACCCCAGACCGGUUCUGGGAAGAGACGUAACUCCUCGGUUUGAGGAGGAGUAGGAGGAGGAAGAACACGAGGAGAGGGGACGGGUAUGACUGCGGCUCUUGGCCGUUUUUAUUAGCACUUUGGUACAGAUUGGUUGCAAAAAUAUAAUCAAAAUAUGAAUUACGACAGAUUUACACUGAAUUCGACUGAGCUACUGCCGCCCCAAAGGUCUAUUUUGUUCAAUGAAAUUGAACAGUUUGCCUUAGUGUCCAACUUGCCCAAUUCACAACCAAGCUCCCUCCCUUCCAGAGUAUAAACAUAUUCCAAAUGAAGAUUGACCAGCCUUUGAUUAAAUCGCACCUUAUUUGCCAACACCUUAAAAUGUAGCGUUUGCAGUAGCACGUUGGUUGCUUGUAACAAACUGUGCAUGUUUAACGACGGCUGGCAGUGACUCCCGAAGUGGGAGGCUAAAAUGAGUUAGUGCUGUUAAUAUCACGCUAGGGGGCACUAACAUGCAAUGUUAGCCCCCACCCCAAUGCCCCACACUCUAAACGCACACUGUGAGACAGCAUGAACAACACAACGCAGGACCAGCCGAGCCCUGGUGCCUAAAUGAAUUAAAAAGUUUUAUGUCACAAAAAGAAACCCCCCCCCAAAAAAUCUGAGGACUUUUAAAGUAUUCAUAAAGAUGUGAAAAUAUUAAUGUUUAACUUUAAAGAUGUCCAGAGAAGAAACGAGAUGAGAUACUUAUUUAAGAGUGCUUCAUUCUAUUUAUGGUAUAUGUGAUGUGGACAUCAUCUAUGGAAAUAAUCAAGCAUGAAAGCUUGUGUUGAGAGUGUAUCCUAGAUUAGUUUGGUAGAAUUUCAUUUCAUUCCCACGAGGGAUGGACAUUCUGAUGACUUUAAUGGAUGAUGGGUAAAAUUGGCAAUAAUAAUGUUGUUUUAUGGAUAUCAAUGGAAAGUACGAACCUCAGUUCCAAUGCAAUCGGGAUGAAUACAAUAAUUUGCAAACCAUUUUCAACCUUAAUGCAGUUGAACACACAACUAAGACAAUGCAUUUGGUCAAGAAAUAUCUUUGUUGUGGUUAAGUUAGUUAUGGUUAAAAAAAGGGUUUGCAAAUCAUGGUAUUGUUUUCUUUAUCUUUUAAACUACUUCCCAACUUAAUUGGAAUUGGGGUUUGCAGAAUUUCCAUUUUGACGCCCGUGUCAUUAUGAGCAGAAAAACGAUGCUCGGAGGACUUGUCAUUGUUCGGCUGUAGCUCAAUUUGCCGUCGUUGAAGUCAAAAUGUAUUGAGUGCUAACUGCUUUAAAGCAUGCUCAACAGUGCCUAUGCUGGUUGCAGCAGAGUGGUGCACUCAUGUUGGCCUCAUUUGCUUCAAGAAACAAUUGAUACAAAAUCAGUUCUACACAAGCGACAAUAAACUGAUAUAGCUAUUUUUCCACCUUUUUCCGUUUUACACUGCCACAUGUAUGAUAAUGAUGUGACUUAAAUACCACAAGGGCACAUGGAGAACUUUGUCAUAAAAUGAAAUGAUAGCAGCAUGCAAAGAUGGAUUGCAGGACUAAAGUUGAAUGCAGCUGAGAUGUAUGAUGAUCAUUCUGCCCCCCACAUAUUUUCUGUCUUGUAUUUGACACUCUCUAGAUAGAACCAAUCCGACUCCUAUUAAUUACUGCUACAAAGUAUGGAUGUAUAUUAUAACCUUAACAUUUCUUUUGUGGAUGUACUUUUUAAUUGCCAGUAUUGAACGUGCAUCAUCUAGAUGGAACUUACGUAAAUUAUCAGGAGACUUUGCCCUUUGUUUGUUAUGUUGAAGAACUUCUUUUUCUACCUCAUUUUUCAGUUGUUGUCAGAGUGUAUCCACUCAAAUCAACCUGCACACGUCUAAUGGAACUGCUACGGUGGGCUAAAUCCCACAUACGGCAUGCAGAUCCAAAUGUAAAUAGGAAGACGGUACAGUGAAUCUAUGUUGUUCAAUGUGAAUGUGAUUGUAACUUUUUUUUAUUUUAUUUGUGCUUUGCUUGUAUGUGGUGAAUGUUUAUUUAUUUUAACUUUAUUCAAUUUUGCACUAUUGUAA